UGACCCGGGAGCGGCGUGCUUGAGGCCUGAGGAGGCCUGCGCUGUGGGGCUGUGCAGAUUUACCAGCGGCGCGCAGUGCCACGUUCUCGCUUCUCACACGGGAGGGGAGAAAGCGGUGCCGGUUGAGAGAUUCUCAGAGCGGAGAGAGUCCAACUCCGGUGGCUGAAGACGGAAAUGGAUGAAGAAGAGAAAUUACCAGAGAUGGUUUUGGAGGUCUUCAGUGACACCUGUUCGCACAGUGCCACCCAAACAGUAUCGAAGAUGAAUCCGUCCUCAGCGCCCCCUCCGCUCCCGCCGCCCGGGCAGCAAGUGAUCCACGUCACGCAGGACCUCGACACGGAUCUCGAAGCCCUCUUCAACUCUGUCAUGAACCCCAAGCCCAGCUCGUGGCGGAAGAAGAUCCUGCCGGAGUCCUUCUUCAAGGAGCCGGAUUCGGGCUCGCACUCGCGCCAGUCCAGUACCGACUCGUCGGGCGGCCACCCGGGGCCCAGGCUGGCCGGCGGCGCCCAGCACGAUAUGACCUUCACGGCCACUGGCCAGAGGUACUUCCUCAAUCACAUAGAAAAAAUCACCACAUGGCAAGACCCUAGGAAGGCGAUGAAUCAGCCCCUGAGUCAUCUGAGCCUCCACCCUGCCGUCACCUCCACAGCAGUGCCUCAGAGGGCCAUGGCCGUGUCCCAGCCAAACCUGGUGAUCAAUCACCAACAUCAGCAGCAGAUGGCACCCAGCACCCUGAGCCCGCAGAAUCACCCUGCUCAGAACCCGUCAGCAGGGCUCAUGAGUCUGCCCAAUGCGCUCACCACUCAGCAGCAGCAGCAGCAGAAACUGCGGCUCCAGAGGAUCCAGAUGGAGAGAGAGAGGAUCAGAAUGCGCCAAGAGGAGCUCAUGCGGCAGGAAGCUGCCCUCUGCAGACAGCUCCCCAUGGAAGCAGAGACCAUGGCCACCGUCCAGGCUGCUGUCAACCCGCCCACCAUGACCCCAGACAUGAGAUCCAUCACCAAUAAUAGCUCAGACCCUUUCCUCAACGGAGGGCCCUACCAUUCAAGGGAACAGAGCACGGACAGUGGCCUGGGCUUGGGGUGCUACAGUGUCCCCACAACUCCGGAGGACUUCCUCAGCAAUGUGGAUGAGAUGGAUACAGGAGAAAAUGCAGGUCAGACACCAAUGAACAUCAACCAUCAGCAGACCCGCUUCCCUGAUUUCCUUGACUGUCUUCCGGGAACGAACGUUGACCUAGGAACUUUGGAAUCUGAAGAUCUGAUCCCCCUCUUCAACGAUGUAGAGUCUGCUCUGAACAAAAGUGAGCCCUUUCAGACCUGGCUGUAGUCACUGCCAUUGUAAGUGGGGAGCAGCCAUGACCUGACAUUUCCUGGGCCUCUUGAAAAAAGUGACGGAGCAGAGAAGGUCUGCAGGUGCAUCACUUCCUGCCUCCGUGACGCAUGCGCCCUCUUUUCCAUGUGGCCAGUUUAGUCUUUGCCUGGUUUUGAUUGACAGCAACUUAAGUUACACAUAAAAUAUUCUGUCUUCAUUUUCCGCAGUCCUGCAUUCCCACAAUAAGAUGAUGCAGAAUCGGGUCUACAGAAUUACUUUUUUCUCUCUGCUGCCCCAUGGCUAAGCUUUAUUGUGGGUGUUAGUUGACAUUUAUACAGCAAUAUAUUGUGAACCAUAAAAAGCUGACCAUGGGUAGUAAAUCUGGAUGCACAGCUUGGUGCAGGAAAUGUGCACAAAAUCAGACCUGAUUUACAUUUUCAAAACUGUAUUGAUGACAGUAGUACCCAAUGCUUUAAAACCUAUUUAACUUGAGCUUUAAAAAUCAUUGUAUGGAUAGUAACAUUCUGCUGUACGGAAUACAUUGUAGUUCGGAAUCCAUGCUAGCUCUGAUGGCUCUUAUACUCUGUAUUUACAAAGGCACAGACAGUUCUCUUGUAGUUUAUUUUUCAUUGUUUUACUGCAUAGCCUCUAGACAACUUAGUCCUUCCAGCGGGAGAGUAGCAGCAGCAGUAGAAUUCUUACCUAGCGAUCUUGUGAAAGAGACCAGUUUGUACUAAUGAUGAAUAUUUACGGAACAAAACUUUUUUUGAAUUGCAACACGGAUUUGUUAACAAUGCAACUUAGGGUUUGAUGUUUAUUUAGAAAACACUGUUAUUUUUAUAGGUGCUGACAAAGGACAGCCAAAUGUUUUUGAUAAAUCAGUGGCAACUGUAUCUGUGUCUUUUGAAACUAUUCUAAAGACUUUGGGACUUCAGCCCGAUGGCACAUGCAAUAAGCUGUUGCUUUUCAAAUUCUGAAGCCCUGUCAAUUUCGCUUUCAAGAUUUCCAGUGUUUAAAAUGAGCCUAUCUGUGAAACUGAAGGAUGAAGCUGAUCUCUGACUGGCUUGUAACAAAAAUGCCCUCUGAGGGCCUAUGGUGGAGACGUGUUUCUGAACGCAGUAAAAUUGAUUCCUAAGUAUAUUACCCUAACCAUGUUUUCUACAGUCGGUAUAUAAAGACAUGAGUUGGGCUGGGGAUAGUUCAGUGGUGCCACCACCUGCCUUGCAAGUGCAAGGUCUCAAGUUCGAUCUCCAGUACCAAUAAAUUUUUAAAAAUAAAAAUAAAUAAAAAAGGCAUGAGCUAUGUAUUCAAUACCUCUUAUGUAACCAAAAACAUUACUAGCUUUAAGGACUGAGAGAACAUGCUGUUCCCCUGGCAUGCAGUCUACCUGCAUUGCCCAUGAAGUCCUCAACUGUUUAAUAUUUUGAAUGACAUUAUUUAUAAUCUAUGAAUUUAACAUUAAAAAAAACUUUAAUAAUCCAGGUCUCUGAGAGGAACCAUUCAAUUCCCAUGGGGUGGGGGUUGCUGAUGACCUUAACGAAGAUCCUUUUGAUUUAUCAGAAUAUAGAUGUACAGACUACAUUUGAUCUUAUUGAAAAGAAGGCACGUGAAAAGGUCAGAGGUGAAGUAGUGACGUUAUGGGAUAUAAUGGGAGGGAUACUAGUUGUGAAAUGGAACCAGACAAGGGGUAGUAGCACCCCAAUAGCAAGACAAGCAGGAGGAGUGAGAGGUGACCCUGAAAGAGCAAAGCAACAGUUUUCUACUGCAACUGUCAUAGCAAAUGACUCUUGUAGAAGGAAACAGGGCUUUGGUACGCUUCACGUGGGAGAAGAGGCAAGGGCGGGGCUGUGGUAGCCUGUCCACACCGUAGCUGAACAACAAGCAGACAAGAGCAGGACCUGCUGUUGUUUCCAGCAUGCCCAAGUGAUUUCUCUCUCCCGAAGGACACACGGUUUAUGUUCCACUAAUUCCUUUUGCUCUCUCAAGCACUCUGAGAGGGUGAAGGUAGAUGUUUAUAUUGCUACUAAAUUGAAAGGGAGCAUUUUUUUUUUUUGUAAGCAAAAAUUGCAAAAAGAGUUGUACAUUCUAAGGAAAAGAAAGGGACCUAACAAAACUCAGCAGUGUUACUGUAUUUUUAAAAAAUAUUUUUAUAGAUGCAUUUUUAGGUAAUUAAAUGUAAGAGAAAGGGAUUACCCCCCCCUUUUAAGCAGUUAAAUCAUUGAUGAUUUAUAUCACCAACUUUUAGAAGUUAUUUUCUAGUAAGCUCAUGGCGUUAGAAAAUUCUAGAGUAAUUGUUUAGUGAAAUUAGUUGGAACAUUUAUUAAUGAAUAUAAUAAAUAUUUUUUCCAGAAUAAAAUAUGGAACCUAUUUGUUCAAUAAUAGAUAAAGGCAGGUAAUUUUUUGUCAUUUUUAAGGCCAUAAAAUACGGCUUUUGUUAACCAGCAUUCAAGCCUGAAAUCUAAAGUAAGAGCUUUUUGUUUUGUUUUGUUUUUCUCAGUGCUGGGGGUUGAACAACCUAGGGCACGUGCUAGGCAAGCAUUCUUUCACAGAGCUACGCCCCAGAUCUCAAGAGCAACUUCUAAAUGACCGUUUCCUAUCAUUGUGAGUGUUAAACCCCUCAGAAUUCAUGAUAAGGUGCUAUUUAUACUAUAUAUCCUAUUGUAAGACAACUGCAAGAUGCCUAGUCUUUGUAGUCCUACACCAGUCCGUUUUACCGUCUCCCCCCGAAAUUUCACUGUGCGAGAAGCAUAUUUGAAGAAGUGGUGUUGAAAAGGAAUUUCAGAGAUCUUUUAUUCAAGAUGUUUUCUUGUUUUUUGUUUUUUCCUGGUGAAAUACAUUUUCUUGUCCCAAAUCAAUUGUCCAAACCUUUUGGUGAUUUUGUUACAGCUCAGUCACAGUUAGCCCACAUGUCACUGUAGUAUCUGGGAUGUGAAGUGCCUUUUCUUUCACUGAUGACAAAGGACAUGGGAAACGUGGACGCUGCAGACACCUUAGUGUACCGUGGUGCUUUCGGCCCUGGAAGAACAGCGGUGCAGGAGGAGAAGGGUGUGCUGCAGUGGGGGACUGUGCUUGUGACUGGCGCCAUUCUCAUCGCACAGUUAGUAACUUCUGAAAGUACAAUGUGUAUUUGUUUUUAAUAAGCUGUUUUUAAAAAAGGAAAUUGUAAAUCCAUUUGAGCGGGAAAAUGGAUGAUUGACAGAGACCCUAACACUACAUCCUUUCUGUGCUAGUACUUUUAACUUUUUAAAGAAUUUACUUCUACAUUUUGUAAUAUGACAUAUGCGUGUUUAUUUUUAAUUUUGAAUGUUGUACGUACAGAAAGUAUGCAACCAAAUCAAUCAGAUCAAACUGUUUUACCUGGAGUUUGGUACUGGUUUUUAUUUCUCUGAUUCUGUAUAAGAAAAAUAAAUACAAUUGAGUUUCC